CAAUAAACUACUAUUCUGAACGGUUCCUGACAAAUCGUUAGUCGCAGCGUGCUCUCACGUUGUGCGAGGCUAUUGUGCGAUACAUCGAUAUGCCAAGCGAACCUCGGAAUGCCGCUACGUAGAAGAAGACGGAAUUUGCGAUAUUCGAGGUUGGAGGGCUCUCCUGAUUCCAGCUACGAGUAGGAGAUCGUCUGUCGCAAGCAGCCUGGCAUCAGGCCAUGGCGACUAUCGACAGUGUAUGCUUUUGCAUUUCACUCGUUGCAGCAGCGUGGCUUGUGCAUCUCUUUCCAAUCUCUACCGCACAUGAUCGGCCUGUACACCUUAUCGUCUUUGGUCUCUUCUCAUGUUCCUUCGCCGUGGUGAGCGCAACCAAAGCACUCCCAACCCUUUUUCAGCCACCGGGCCUUGAGAAACCACAAUAUGAAGCAGUCCCACUGGAAGAUCUUGGGCAUGCGCUUGAAAGAUUGGAACCUACAAAGCCCAGUACUAGACAAGAUGGAAAGGUUCGCAUCUCAGUGUUGGCUGCAGCGGUAGUCGCACUGUCACUGCGCAUUGAACUAUACCGCCGAAUAGGGAAAGCGACAGAAUGCACUAUGGACAACGUCGAGGUGUUCCUGCCCUUUCUCCUCGCUUGCUAUGAUGCGGCUAGAUCACAGCGGCCGUUGGCCCUAGAACAAGAUGAUCGUCCGGACAGCAGCAUCUAUGAUGGAAUACGUAUGGCCCUUAAACGCUUCAUCCUUAGGCCUCGCACUCGGUAUUUACUUCCGAUAUUGCUCGUGUCUUAUGGGGCGUAUCUGGCGCAAGGGCUCUGGAGCUCUUCGAAUUCAACCUACAUAUGCCCGAUCGUGACCGGUGAACCUAGGACUGUACCAGCGAUGCAAGUCAUAGCUCUAUUUCUAGACCUGUGCCUUGUGCUCCUGGUCUACGAAAGCUCGCCCAAGAGCAAUGGUCGUGGUCUUUCAGGACGGCGAUAUGCAGUCCUUUGGAGUUCCGCCAUUUUUGCGACGGCCGUGAUCUGGUCGGUCGUGGCUUCGAUCGUGUAUGUAUUCAAGCCAGAGUACAGGAACUGGCUCCUCUUGCUUCGGCCGGGCGUUGAGUUCAGUACAUUUGUGGCAAUGUUCGGGCAUAUUUUGCUCUUCUGUCUUUUCUGCAUCAGCACUUUGCAUAGUAUCAUGACUCACGGCGCCUUGGACAUGUCGCUCUAUUUGACGGCUCUAAUGACAAUGAUACCAGGAUUCGAGUUUAUCUGGUCUCACAGAAAUCCCUUCCCUCCAACCCCCCUAUCUACAACCACCUUUUCCUUUCUUUUCGUUUUUUGGGGCUGGUUAGCAUAUCGACACAGCCAGCAAGCAGUGGGCGAUAGGACUCCACUGUCAGCAUCUCGACAGACGUUACUGUUCCUUCUUUUGUGCAUCCUUAUCUUCCCAGCUUUACGGAAGAAUAGCUACGUACACUAUCAUCCGAUAGAUAUGCUGAUCUACGAUGCGAAAAUCCACCACGAUAAUUACCUGCAAUCUGUGGGAAGUACCUCUUCACUUUCUGAUACCGUCGCUCGGUACAAGCAGAGAUACAACCGCAAUCCUCCUCCCGGGUUUGACGUUUGGUUUGAAUACGCAAGGAACAAAUCUAUCCUCAUCGUGGAUGAGUUUGAUCAGAUAUACGAAGACCUCUUGCCAUUCCGCACCAUAUCACCAGCCUCGCUACGAAAACAAACCUGGGAGAUGGUUUCCAACCCCUGGAACGAAAUAUCUGGCAUCACCAUCCGCAAUGGUAACGCAGCUGUACAAGAGAAUGUUAUACCCACGCAUCGCUGGAUGCUUGAAGGUGUUGCCGCCCUCAUCAAUAGCUUUGCUCGCCAUCUACCAGAUAUGGAUCUUGCCUUCAACAUCAACGACGAGUCAAGAGUGGCCGUACCGUACAGUGACAUCAAUCACCUGAGAGACCAGGCCCGGGCUGAAGAUAAAAGCGGCGGCGCAGGUUUUUCCCCAGAUCGCGCAUCUGGCUGGUUGCCAAUCCCCGAAAAUGUUCUCACCGAUACCGUUUUCAGAGACAUGUCUUUCCGAAACACAUUCCGCGCGUUCGGCUCGGUGGGGUGUCCUCCAUCGUCUACUGCCCGACAAAGUCAACACAUCUACUCUCAAGCACAUGUCUGCGGACCUUGCGUCGCUAAGCAUUCGCUAGGCCAGUUCGUAAGCAACUGGUCGGAAGCAGCUGAUAUCUGCCACCAACCUGAUAUGGCGUAUUUGCAUGGCUUUUACCUCUCUCCGGCAGCGUUCAAGUCAAGCUACCAGCUCAUGCCAGUGUUCUCGCAAUCCAAGCCCCACGGGUACAAUGACAUUUUAUAUCCCAGCGCCUGGAACUACAUGGACAAGGUGCGUUACGAACCAUCCGACUCAAAAGGUGUUCCAGGAGAGGAGGGCUAUACCCCGGGGAACCCAGACCCUCCGUUCGACCAGAAGGUGAAUGUUUUAUUCUGGCGAGGCGCGACCUCUGAGGGCGUGUCGGGUGGUGACCACUCCUGGCGAGGUAUGACAAGACAAAGGCUUGUGCAUAUGACUAACAACCUCACAACGUCUUCCCAUGACCGGUUCGCCGUUCUAUUGCCUAAUCCGGCCAACUACAAAAAGUACAAAUACCAGAUUCUUGAUGGCCCUGCCGCAAAAGAGCUGGGGUUGGAGACUGAUAUUGCCAUUGUCGAUCGUAUCGCGCGUUGCGGCGGAGUUGGCCUGCAUGACUGUACUGACCAGGAGGCCGAGUUUGGACUGGUCGGCCCAAGCGAUUUUCAGGAGCACUGGCGAUAUAAGUUUUUGUUUGACCUCGACGGGGCAGGUUUCUCUGGACGAUUCUUGCCCUUUCUACAGUCGAGAAGUUUGCCCUUCAAGACGGCACUGUUCAGAGAGUGGUACGACAGUCGGUUGACAGCAUGGCUCCAUUUCGUGCCACAGGAUAUCAGACUGCAUGGGGUUUGGAGCACGUUGGCAUACUUUGCAGGUGUCAAUGGGACCAUGUUUGGUCAGCAGAUCAGGUGGAAAGGGCACGAUAAAGAGGCCGAAUUGAUUGCAGAAGGGGGCAGGAAAUGGGCGUCAGAGGUGCUCAGAAAGGAAGAUAUGGAGGUCUAUUUCUUCAGGCUCUUGCUUGAAUGGGGACGCUUGACCGAUGAUAAGAGAGAUGAACUUGGGUUUGUGCUUGAGUGAUUGAUCGUGCAAGCAUUUGACCUCUUACAUGUUUCGACACGCUCUUGUAAUAUAGCCUUGAGAUGUCAUGUAAAUCAUCG